UUUGCUAAGCUUCGGAAAUAUGAAUAUAAAACGUUCCGGAAAUUCUUUCUCUUCUCUAUUAAUUCUGCCUUUACUCUUGUGCCUUGCUUUUCUUCUAUGGCAUCAGUGCCAAGCAAAUGAGCAUCAUGAGACUGUGGAGCGAUGGGUGAAACGUGUACUCCAAGAAGGAAGAUAUCCGUCUGUACCAACAUUUCCUCCUCCUCCUCCUCCUCCUCCCCUUCCUCUUCUUCUUCCUCUUCCUACUCUUCCCCCAUUUGACUUUCUGCCACCCCCUCCUGUCUUUCUGCCACCGAUUCCAAUGCCUAAACCACCUUUCUAUAUCCAUCUUAAAAAUAAAUUGAAAAACAACGAGGAUCAGGAGGACAUUCGUAAUGAAGAGGAAGGUUUUAUGUCAACUAAUGUCGAUAUUUUCGAAGAGAGAAGAGAUUCUAGUAUAUCCAUGGAAUCCAAGGAGAUUGAAAACGAUAAUUAUGUAGAGCCCGUAAUCCCUUGGUUCUCUGACUGGGAAAAGAUGGUGAAGGAACAAGAAGCAAAGAAGAAAAAACACCCAAAAAAGUCUCUUCCAAUUAGACACUCUCCCCUUCAAAACAUCCAAGAACGUCCACGCCAUAUUCAAAGCCCCUGCCUUCUCCGUCGAAAUAAACCUGUUCAGCAUAGAACAUAUCCAAGAAGUUACGAGUUCCCAGGAUUUGAACUUUCCAUUCCCCGUAAAUGGGACUGGAGGAAUGUUGAUGGAAUUAACUUUUGUUCGCCUACACGCAAUCAACACAUUCCUGUUUAUUGUGGUGGCUCUCUCAAUGACCGUUUUAAUAUUGCUAGAAAAAAUCGGUGGCCGAUGACUAGUCUUUCCCCACAGGAAAUAAUUGCCUGUAAUGGGAGAGGGAGAGGGUGUAAUGGAGGUACGGCAGAGGAUGUUUUUGAACAUGCAAAAACUGUUGGACUUGUCGAGGAAGGGUGCAAUAAUUUCAAGGCAGUCAAUGAAAAGAAAUUUUCAAAACAUAUUUCAAAAAAAAAUUUCUCUCAAAAAAUUUCAAUCUUUUUUUUCGAAUGUACACCAUUCACACGCUGUGGCAGUUGUUGGCCUGACAAAUGUUUUUCUAUUCAAAACUACACUCGCUAUUAUAUUAAGGACUUUGGGAAGCUUACUGGAAGGCUUCAAAUGAUGUCUGAAAUACACAAUCGAGGACCUAUUUCGUGUACAAUGGGGUGUACUCCUCAAUUUGAUUUGAACUAUACUUCUGGAAUUUAUAGAGAACAUGGGGAAUAUCCUCCUAACCAUAUUGUCUCAGUAACAGGAUGGGAUUGGGAUGAAGAAACAAAAACUGAAUAUUGGAUUGUACGAAAUAGUUGGGGAGAGGCUUGGGGAGAAAUGGGUUGGUUCCGUGUUGUAACGUCUUUGUUUAAUGGAGGUCGUGGAGAUCAAUUUAAUAUGGGAAUUGAAAGGGAAUGCUAUUUUGCCGAUCCUGAUGUGUCAAACUUGAAUUAG